AUGGAGGGCUUUGGUAACUUCACUGCCAUGAUAGGCAACCGCUUUGUGACCAACUUGAAGGGGUCCUUCGCGGACAUGACACCUGAGAAGUUUAUCCGCAUUGUCAUCAUCGUGGGAACUUACAUGCUCAUGAGGCCGUACUUGAUCAAACUUGGUGGCAAGAGGCAGCUGAAGCGAUACGAGGAAGAAGCUGCACGGGCAGAAGCUGAGGCCAAGGCUAGGGCCAAAGUUAAAAUUACACCAAACGACUUGCGCGGCCUGACAAAAUCUCCAUACGACUCAGAUGGCGAAAGUGAAGACGAAGAUGAUAUAGAGGAGUUCACCGGACCGCGGUGGGGCGAGAGGAAGAAGAAACAGCAAAAGAAGUUGAUCAAGCAAUUGGAAAAGCGGUUACAGGAAACAAAGGAGGAGCAAGAAGACAAGGACAUCGAGGAAUUUUUGAUCAAAGAGUGA